AUGGCUGACAGUCAACACGUAGCAGUUGAAUUACCGGAACAUCAAUAUUUAAAUGAAACAAAUGAAAAGUCAUUAAAUGUUUCGACAACAGAUCAAACACAAACUCCACCAACAACGGAUCAUACUGAUUUAAUUGGGACAUUAAUUGCUUUGAUUAUCGUUGCUGUUAUACCAAUUCUUCAAAUAUAUAUUGGACGUCGAUAUACAGAUAAUUGUCCACUUGAUUGGCAUAUACCAUUUUAUUUAGUUGUAGCAGGUGUGGUUGGAAUUACUGUUAUACUGUUAGGUAUUAUUCAAGCUGUUCUAAAAGCUAAAGUUUUUUUAAAUCGUGCUAGAGAAAAAUCUAACGUCUCCCUUACUGUUAGUGUUGUGUGUGUUGCAUGUUUUGCAACCAUCCUUUUUCUCUUUCUCUUCAUUUGGUUUGUUUUUGGAUGUUAUUGGGUAUUUCGUUCAUGGAAUAUUGUACAAUAUGUUGAUGCAAAUCGAAACGAUUAUUGUCAUCGUAUUCUAUAUCGUUUUGCAUUUUGGUUACUUUUAGGCGCCUUCUUUUCCCAAAUUUUAGCAUGUGGUUAUUCAUAUUUGAAAGUACAUUUUGGAUUAAUGAAAUUGAGAGAUGCUAAAACACCACGACACACUACAAAAUCUUGA